UCAGAAUACCAUAUUAAUUCUCCUCUCCCUGUGUCUCCGUCUCUCCCUCUCAUGCAUGUUCAUGCGUAUAAGACAGUGACGCAAAUAAAAGUAUGUUCACACUCCGGUGAGAGCUGAAACUCCCGCUGCUUGUCCUGAUGUAACAGAGCAUGGAGUUCAGACAGACACCCACACACAUUACUCAUUGUCUGAUUCCCAUCGGCAGUCUUUCCUAUUGCCAAUAGAUCCAGAUAAUCACAAACCAGAGGUCUCAGGGCCAAAACAAUUCAAGCAGUGCACUGCACACACUGCGCACACACACACACACACACAACACAAUAUCCUGUGAUAGAACCACUAUCAGCACCUGACACCUCGAAAACAGGAAAAACGUUUCAGCAGGAACACAGAUGUGUUGGAGUGUUUGGAGGAGGAGCAUGAACACUAUAUAACCCCUGUAGACAGAAAUCUCAACUUCACUCAAAGUUGAGAAAGGACUGCCUCCGUCAUGUCUUACUAUGAGCAUAUCUUCUUUGACGACUACAAUGACACCGGCUCCGGUUUUGGUUCGGGUUCUGGUGACCUGGAGAUGGAUCUCGAGGAGCCCUGUGAUGUGGAGCACGUGAUGACUGCUGACCUUCAGCAGGUCUUCUUGCCUGUGGUCUACGCCCUCAUCUUCAUCCUGGGCAUCACUGGAAACGGCCUGGUCGUCAUAGUGCUGGGCUGCCAACGCAGGUCCAAAUGCAGCCUCACAGACCGGUAUCGCCUCCAUCUCUCAGCUGCUGAUCUCCUUUUUGUUCUGGCGCUGCCGUUCUGGGCCGUGGACGCAGCCCUGGCUGACUGGCGUUGCGGAGAGGCCACUUGCGUUGGUGUGCACGCUAUCUACACGGUCAACCUGUACGGCAGCGUGCUCAUCCUGGCAUUCAUCAGCCUGGACCGCUACCUGGCAGUGGUCCGAGCCACAGACACCAACACCGGUGGGCUGAGGCAGCUGCUGGCGCACAGACUGGUUUAUGUGGGUGCCUGGUUGCCUGCUGGCCUCCUGGCAGUGCCCGACUUGAUAUUUGCCCGGACUCAGGAAGGAGGAGAGGGUGCCACUCUGUGCCAGCGAUUCUACCCAGCAGACAACGCCCCUCUCUGGGUUGCAGUGUUCCACCUCCAGCUGGUCCUGGUGGGUCUGGUGAUCCCGGGCUUGGUCCUCCUGGUGUGCUACUGCGUCAUUGUCACCAGGCUGACCCGAGGCCCGCUGGGGGGUCAGAGGCAGAAGCGGCGAGCAGUCAGGACCACCAUCGCGUUGGUUCUCUGCUUCUUCGUGUGCUGGCUGCCCUACGGAAUGGGCAUCACUGUGGACGCCCUGCUGCGCCUGGAGGUCCUGCACCGCAGCUGCAGCCUGGAGGCCGCCCUGAGCGUGUGGCUGACGGUGGCUGAGCCCAUGGCAUUUGCACACUGCUGCCUAAACCCGCUGCUGUACGCCUUCCUGGGGGCCGGGUUCAAGAGUUCGGCCCGCAGAGCCCUCACACUGAGCCGAGCCUCCAGUUUGAAGAUUUUACCACGAAGACGCCCCGGGGCCUCCACGACUACGGAGUCAGAGUCCUCCAGUUUACAUUCUAGCUAGUGUUUGCUUGUGCUGUAUAUAUGUGUAUAUACUGUGUAUAUAUAUAUAUAUAUAUAUAUAUAUAUAUAUAUAUAUAUGUGUGUGUGUGUGUGUGUGUGUGUGUGUAAGGACGUUUACACAAAGUAUCUAAGGAGCAGUCUGCUGGCCCACGACUUGUCUUCUCCCUCACUGUGAGGUUUCUGUUGUAAAUACUGUUAUUACAUUUGUUUUCAGUGCUGCUGUGUGUGUUGUAUACUGUCGCAGAUGUUUGUAAUAAAAUAUACAAAAUAA